AUGCGACGAGACGAACUGACGGUGAUCCAGGGGUGUUUGCUAUGGGGCAGUAGAAGGGUGGUGCAUCCAGCAUUGAGACCGCAGCUUCUGAAGGAACUACAUGCCGGGCACCCGGGCAUGGUCAAGAUGAAGGCCAUCGCACGGAGCCAUGUCUGGUGGCCGGGGUUAGACGCCCAGAUUGAACAGCAGGCCAGGACAUGCUCUACGUGUCAACGGAACCAAAAGAACCCGGCGCUCUCCCCACUGCACACCUGGCCGUGGCCGGGAUCUCCAUGGCAACGGAUCCAUGUGGACUUUGCGGGGCCGUUCGAAGGACACAUUUUCUUGGUGGUGGUAGAUGCGUACUCUAAGUGGCCGGAAGUACAGGUGAUGAAAACGACGACGACGGAGAAGACUGUACAGGCCCUGAGGAGUAUGUUUGCCCGCAACGGAGUACCAGAGACACUGGUUAGUGACAAUGGGCCACAAUUCACAGCGGCAGAGUUCGGGGCAUUUCUCCGGGCAAACGGAGUGAAGCACAAAAGGACAGCGCCGUUUCACCCCGCCACGAACGGUCAAGCAGAGCGUUUUGUGCAGACGCUGAAGCGUUCAUUGAAAGCGUCUAGGGGAACAUUUACGCUGCAACAUCGAGUGGAGGCAUUUUUACUCAGCUCCAGGAAUGCGCCUCACAUGACGACGAGUGAGUCUCCGGCUAUGCUCUUCCUGCGCCGUCGGCUCCGCUCUCGCUUGGACCUUGUGAAGCCGAACGUGUCGGCUACGGUGGAGCUGGUGCAGGAGGGUCAACGAGAACGCAGAGAUCUGGUGGCUAAGGACAGACGGUUUGCAGCGGGGGAGGCCGUGCUGGUGCGUGAUUAUCGACGGGGGGAGGAGAAGUGGAUGCCUGGACUGGUGGCAUCACAAGAGGGACCGGUAUCCUACUCCGUGGAUGUGGGGGCAGGAGCUCUCUGGAGACGUCACACAGAGCAGAUGAGAGCCGGUGACCGUGCGCUUUUGGUUACCACUGGUCCAGAGCAACCAGCUGUGCCGAGUGAACUGACAAUUGGGGCCCAGCCGGUUGUUGCCCCCCCCUUCUCCGGCAAGAGGGGAUGCUCUGGGAACCGGGACAGUCGCCCCCGAGCCAGGAGGGUCACCCAGACGGACAGCGGAUGUUGGCGCGCCAGGCCGGAGGUAUCCACUCCGGGUUACCGGAGCUCCAGACCGACUUAA